AUGCCCUCCACAAAGUUUCAUCGGGCAUUUUCGCUGAUUUGCCUGUCAAGUCAAGUCUAUGCUCUAGUAAAGGUGCCAUUCUCCACGAGUUUGGUUCCAAAGUUGUCAAAACGCUCCACAAACACAGAUACCGAAGAUUGCAUAGAUUGUUCCUCUGCACCGACUAUCAAUGCUGGUUUGAAGGCCGUGGUAUCUGUCGAAGCUGGGGAUUUUCAAACGUUCAGCAAUGUGGAGAUUGACACGGGCAGUGCCUUGUUCUGGGUAGGUGCUGGACAGAAAUAUAUACCUGGUCCACACGCCUACAGUCUCAAUCAAACCUUUUCAGAAGGAUAUGGUGACGGUUAUGCCAACGGAACCGUAUAUGCCGAUCGCGUCACCAUCGGCAACGCAACCGUGGAUUCACAAAUAAUCGGUGCCGCUCAAUACAUAGAGGGCUUCCAGCUUUCCAUGCCAUUUGAUGGGCUUCUUGGGCUAGGACCUAAUGGCUCAAAUACGAAUCAGAUAUCGGGCUACGAUACGACGCCUACCUUUGUCCAAAGCCUUGCCGCUGAAGGAACUAUCGAAGACGCGAUAUUUGGUAUCUACAUCAGUCCAGUGGCUGAAAAUGGCACACGAGGAGUGGGAGAGAUCACGUUCGGUGGAGUGGACGAGAGCAGGUUCAUCGGCGAGAUCGAUUGGGUUCCUCAAAUCGAGCCGUACAACCUGCACUGGUCUUUCAACGCGUCAUAUUUUGGGUGGGGGAAUGAGUACGUUAUCGAUAGCCCCAUAUACGCCUUCACAGACACAGGCGGUCCUUUGCUUGAGAUCCCAUCUGACCCGUAUAUCUGGCUUCUCCAGAAUGUUCCGGGUAUCACGACGGAUUCGACUUCGCUCAUCCAAGGAGGUCUCAUAUUCCCCUCAAAUAUGACAGACACUCUUCCGCCAUUAUACAUUGGCGUUGGCAGUCUUAACUUUACACUUUCACCAUCACAAUAUACAGUAGCGAAGGCCUUGUACUCAGAGCUGAACAUAACAGAUGAUGGCCAGAUCCAUACCUGGAUUGCCACUGCGGGACCAGACGAGUAUGACUUGGGCUGGCCCUUCCUACAACAAGCAUAUUCCGCCUAUGACAUGGUAAACAACCGUGUUGGAUUCGCACAUCUGGCAUGA